AUGCCCGAGGCGGCGGCGCCCCCGCCGCUGCCGCUCCUGGCGGCGGCGAGCUCCCCGGCGUCCGCCGCGCUGCCGCGGGCGAGGCGGCGGCGGCAGCAGCAGCGGAGGGGGUGGCGGCGCCCUCGCAGGUUGCUGGUCUGGGGCGCCCUCGUGGCCUUCUUCAUCAUGAACUGGUGGAUGUUCUCCCGACUUCAGGACCCCUCGGCGCGCCCGCACUUCCGGCUGAGGCGCCACCCGCCCCGCGCGCCCGCCACUACCAAUUCGUCGCUCUUGACUCUGGAAGAGGUGGCUGGUGCUGCUAAGGGGAAGAGGGCACAUAGGGUUAUGCUCACCCGGUUGCUUGCUUUGGCAGGCCAUGCUUUGGCAGAGGCAGAGACCAGGCCUGAACCUAAGGAUUUGUGGGAAGAGCCGAUAAAUGCUACUAUGUGGAGACCGUGUUCUGACCAAAGGGAUUGGAAAGCCUCAGAGGGAACCAAAGGCUACAUCAUGAUCAGUGCGAAUGGUGGCAUAAACCAGCAAAGGGUUGCGAUUUGUAAUGCAGUUACAAUCUCGCGGUUGCUCAAUGCAACUCUUGUCCUCCCAAAAUUCUUGUACAGUAAUGUGUGGCUGGACAAAAGUCAGUUUGGCGAUAUAUAUCAGGAGGAUUAUUUUAUCAAAUAUCUGAAAUCUGAUAUUCAGAUUGUAAAGGAUCUUCCAGUAGAGCUGCAGUCAUUAGACUUGGAGGCAAUCGGUAGCCUUGUUAAUGAUACAGAUGUCAUGAAAGAGGCAAAGCCCAGUUUAUACGUGAAAAAAAUACUGCCAAUUUUACUGAGAAACAGAGUUGUUCACUUUAUAGGAUUUGGCAAUCGCUUAUCUUUUGACCCAAUACCUUCUGACCUUCAGAGAUUGCGAUGCAGAUGUAAUUUUCAUGCUCUUCGCUUUGUACACAAAAUUCAAGAAACUGGUGCAGUUCUUGUAGAGAGGUUGCAUGGCCAUAGGGCCUCUUCGUCGCCUUUGAAGGAUAAUCUUUUAGGCCAAUUUGCCAUCAAGUUUGACCCCAGUGUGAACAAGAGUGAUGCAUCCAAAUAUCUGGCUGUUCAUCUCCGGUUUGAGAUUGAUAUGGUUGCAUACUCAUUGUGUUAUUUUGGUGGUGGCAAAGAUGAGGAAGAUGAACUUGAAGCUUAUCGCCAAAUUCACUUUCCUGUUCUGUCAGAACUCAAGAAGACAACAAAGUUGCCCUCUGCUGCUUUCUUACGGUCUGAAGGCAAAUGUCCCCUUGCACCUGAAGAGGCUGUGCUUAUGCUUGCUGCUAUUGGUUUCAAGCGCAGCACAAAUAUAUACAUUGCAGGCGCUGAAAUUUAUGGAGGGAAGGAUAGGAUGGCUGCCAUAAGUCGUCUUUAUCCUGCUUUAGUAACUAAAGAAACCCUUCUGUCUCCAUCAGAGCUUGAACCAUUUAGGAACUUCUCAUCUCAGUUGGCGGCCCUGGACUUCAUUGCAUGUGCAGCUGCCGAUGCAUUUGCUAUGACUGACCCAGGAAGUCAAUUCUCUUCUCUUGUUCAAGGUUACCGCAUGUACUAUGGUGGUGGGGACCUUCCCACAAUAAGGCCAAACAAGCGCCGGCUAGCCAGCAUACUUGUGAAGAAUGCCACGAUUGAGUGGAAUGAAUUUGAAAGUAGAGUAAGAAAACUCAUACAGCAAACUAAGCAAGUUCAUGAGAGGCCUGUUGCAAGAAGCAUAUUUAGACAUCCACGAUGUCCAGAAUGCAUGUGCAGAACAGAGCACUAA